UACCAAGGUCAUCAGCCCAGACGGCGGGCCCACCUAGAGCAAACAGCAAUCUGGGUGCCGCACUCGUCGAGUCUUCUCUCCCAUCUCUCUCGCCUGGGGCGGCUCAUUCGUUCUUGUUGAGUGGCUCGACGCGCGAAUUGUCCUGCUGGGUUCUCAUGCGCCAUCGCCGAAUCGCAUUUGCCAUCACAACUAUUGCUACCGGCCGACGCUGCCCUGGAUGAUGUGGAGGAUUGCGACAAUAGCCCAGUAACGCAUCUUGGGGGGGCCAUUCAUUCGUUCAGCCCAUUCGCGCACGAUACGGCGAUACCCAGUCGCUCGCAAACCAAACCCACCACUCUACUCUAAACAUCGAGCCUUUCUUUCUCCUGCUCCUCACGCCAUUGCCUCGCACUUUACUCGGUCCGACGGCCAAGGGAACACAAGCAAUAACAUAUUGAUAUUCGUCCCACCGACCCGUCCUGCCGCCGCUCCUGAGACUCUGCUGCUCUCCCUCGCCCCGCGUCGCCUAGUCGACGGUUGUUACUGCUGGGCGUUUUCUGCUCAACCGUCAACAUGCUUCGACCGGCGACGCCCUUGACCGUGCUGCUUGGAAUUGCCUUUGCUUUGCUGCUCCUAUCCGUCUUGUCGGCCCCCAUCAUCUCGGCCAUCCCCCUCGGCAGUUCUCAGGAUGUCCAGUUUGGCGUCUUUGGCUUUUGCCGGCCCUCGGGCUGCAGCAGCGUCGGCAUUGGCUAUGACAUUGCGAGCGUCCUCACCGACACGAAGAGCUCGUCGUUUGAUCUGCCCAGUGGCGUUCGCCAUACGCUCUCUUCAAUCCUGAUACUUCACCCCGUCGCCGCCUUUCUCACCCUCGUCAUGCUUCUGAUGGCCGUUGCUGCCCACUUCCGCGCUGCUUCGCACUCGUCAAGGUAUCUGCUGUUCUUCCUCGUCUUCAACCUCGUCACGUUGCUCGUGUGUGUGGCUGCUUUCGUCAUCGACGUCCUACUCUUCAUACCUCACAUGGCAUGGGGCACCUACAUUGUUUUGGCUGCCACUGUUCUCGUUUUCUUGAGUCUUCUGGUCUCUUGCGCCAUGCGACGCACUCUGGUUAGCAGGAAAGACCGAAAGCGGAGAAUUGCAGAGAAUGCCGAGAUGAGCGGAGAGAACUACUACAACCGAGAGAAUCAGGCGCCGAAAUCUACCUUUACCAUGACGACCCAGCCUACCAUGCCAGUUGUGAGUGGUGGCAACGGCACACAAGACAUCCUGCCUACGUUCGCUACGUACGAGACUCCAAGAGAUGACCAAGUCAGCGACGAGCGCAUCCCUCUAACACAGCGAACCACAUCCGAAAGAUCGCCCCAUGGAAGGCAGCCCGCGCCCGCCGACAUGGCUGCCGUUGCGGGCAGCGAGAUUGGCAGUGCUUACAGCGGACCGCAGAGGUCCGCAUCCCAGGACUCGUAUGGCAACUACGGCAACGUGCCACCCAACGCCUACGGACAAGCCGGCCAGCCGUACGAUGGUCGCUCGAAUCGAGUCCCCAUCAGGAGAGAGACGGACCCCGUCAAUGGCUAUGGCGCUGGCGGCCGUGGCGGCUAUGGAGCCCCCAUGAGAGGACGGGGCGGCUAUGGCCCUCCCGGCCGGGGUGGAUACGGCCCGCGAGGCGGUGGACGUGGAGGAUACGGACCGCCAUCUCGCGCAGGCUACAAUGGCUCAUACUACCACAUGCCCAGGGGCGGAGGACGUGGCCCUUCGCCGAUGAACAACCCUAAUGAUGGCGUGGCCGGGCAAUACAACAGAAUGCCGUCGCCAUCGCAGCAAGGCUAUGCUGGAGCACCGCAGCAGCCGCUACAGGCAGACGUCCCCCUAAACCCGGCUCCGUCCGGCGCCGGCAACACAUACGUCCCUUACCGCCCGAAUAUCGAUCUGCCAAGGGCUGAGUCCCCCCCACCACUGCCGGAACCUACCGAAUCUGCCGUCUCGUCGGUACCAAACGCCAUUGAGAUGGAUGCGACGCCGGCUGCCGCGGCAAGCAGCAACAAUGGCCAGUUCGGCAACCUCAGAGAUAGCGACACAGACGUUGCCGGAAUGGUGGACCUCCAACAGGGCCAGCAGCCCUUAUCCACGCAGAGAGACACGUUCGCCAGCGAUGGGAGCAGGUACUCUCAAGAUGAGCAAUUUGCCCCCUCUCGUGCCCAGUGGAACCAAGAGGCUGGGAGAGACUCACCUCGGGUACCCGUAGCAAACUCGUCGCGCGGACCUACCCCGAAUAUGUCUGGCAUGACUGCGCCAGUGGUUGAUGCCAAGGGCAAGGGCGACUACUACGAAGACGUCGACCCUCGUUUUGACCAAACAGUUUAUACACCCCCGCGUCGCCAGACUCCUCCGCCGCCGCUGCAGCUAAACACGGUCGACUACGAAGAUAUACGAGUUCCCGCCAGCGGCACUCGCAGCCCCGCCGAAUCGGAACACUCCAACUUUACCUCCAUCUCGCAACGUGGGAUCAACCCACAAUGGAGCCCGCAACCCCCAGUGCCCCAACGCCGACCAGUACAACAGCGCCAUGACAUGAUCCUGGACAAUCCCGAUUUCAAGCUCCCGGGAGGUCGAGCGACGGCAGCGGGGAAGCGCAGAGGACCAGGGAUGAUGCCGUAG